AACAUGACCAGGAAUUACCUUUACGUAAAACCUCUAUAUCUCAAGUAAAGCCAUUAUUCACCAAUGUUUAUGAAUUAGAAUCGAUUGAUAACACCAAUAAUAUUACAACACGAUCGGUCUCUUCUACGGAUGAACAAAACACGGCAUCUAUGGUACACACUGCACCACGAUCGGUCUUUUCUACGGAUGAAUAA